AUGCCGGCACAAGGACAGCUCAGGCCGAAGCGACGAAGCGGCAAGCAGCACGCGCCGCUCGAGGUCGACACUGCGUUUCUCCAUCCCAUGUGCAAGUACGUCGGACGCCAGUGCAGCCAGCGCUCAGCCUACGGCGUAUCCGUCAACUUUUAUCAUGUGGACUUCAGCCAGGGCCGCGUGUGUGGGGAGUUGACCAUCAAGGAGCUGGCGCGAAACUGCCAGGACGUGACCACCUUCUUUGACGCCGAACUCGUGCAGACCGCUGACGACUUUCUCACGCGUCGCUGGGGAGCAGAUAUGGACGUGGACAUUGCACACUGGAAACGGCUGCCUGGAUUUAACAUGGCGUACCUCCGAGAUGAGGAUGCUUACGACUUUCGCACAAACCGAUUCAUCUUCAUGCGCUGGAAGGAGAAGUUUGUGGUUCCGUAUUGGGAGGCGCAGGAGGUGCCUGGCGCGUCGUAUGCGGGCUUCUACUACAUCUCCUUUGAUCGCCUCAAGGGCGCCAUCACGGGCUACUACUUCUUCAGGCGCUCAGAGAGGUACCAGGCGCUUGAGCUCAAGUACGACCACGAUCAUGCCAUCUUCCCGCACCAGCAGCUGCUGUAG